AUGGGGGGAACAGAGGAGGCAGGUUGUAGCCCGCCUGAUUGGGCCACUGGCCCAUAUGUGUUUUGUAUUGCAUGUUGGCGUAGGGAUAGGAAAGUAAUAUUUACGGGAAACAAUUUGCCCUACCAUUUCUCUCAUCACCCAUCUCACCCAUCUCUCUCUCUCGUCCAGGCCCAGCCUCUCUCUCGUCCAGACCCAGCACCGCUUCCGUCGAGGACGCCGCCGCCGCCUUCCGAUCCCCCACGCCGUUACCGGACUUUCCUCUGCCGCCACCACCAGACUGAACGACGAAAGCGUAGUGUAGUUUACAGCAGGAGGGGAGGGCACCUUCACCGCAGCCGCAACCUGGGUCGGAGCUUGCGUUGCAGUAAGAGAAGUUUGCGUAGAAAUAGAUGGGGUGAGAGUUCUUAUCGUCGACAUCAUAUACGCCAACUAACAACUUCAACACCAUUAGCAUCAGGAAGGAAAAAGAGAAAGAGAUCUCAAUGUGGAGAUGUAUUGGUUGAUGCUUUAAUUGAGACAAUACAGAAGUUUUCUGAUAUGUAUGUUAUGGCUGGUGAGAAUACUGGUAGGCUUGCUAAUUGUUUUCAAUACGAGGCUGAUAGUGUUGCAAGGAGGAUGCAGGUGUUUGAUGAAGUGAAGAAGGUAGAAGGACUAACAAAUGCACAACGAGUACGAGUCGGAAAACUUCUUGUCCAAAACUAUGACUACACCAACUAUUUCUUCACGUUGGAUGAUGAAUUUAAGUUAGAUUUUCUUCUAUCUCUUUUGGAAUGAGUUAGGUUGAAGCUUUUGGUGCUAUAUUUACAAACUUGAGUACAAUGUCUAAUAUUUAAAUCUUUUGAUGGCAUCUUUGGAACUUUUAUAUGUGGUCUUAGAUUUAGAAUUUUUAAUUUC